AAACAAACCACAACAUCAUCCUGCGCCUUUGUUGUCAGAUUGUAGUAGGCGACUGCUUAGCUUUCAAGCUAGUUGAUCUAGUCGGUUUUACAGAGGAACAAAAUAAACAUAGUUUGAAAUGAUUAUCAUUACGUUUUGAUGUAACCGAGCCAUCCCAAAAGUGGGAUAAGAAGCCAGUUAGGUCGAAGAAGUCGGUCGCUGUCAAAGAGGAACAGAACGAGGGGAGUCCACAUGACGUCUGCAGCAGAGACGGUGGAAAAUGCCUCCAUCAUUUCAGAGAGCAUGGCCCACGACGGAAACCGCUUGUGGAUAGGCAACAUAGAUCCCAAGAUCACAGAGUACCACCUGGUGAAAUUGUUAGAGAAAUUUGGAAAAGUGAAGCAGUUUGACUUCCUGUUCCACAAGUCUGGGCCUUUGGAGGGACAACCACGGGGGUACUGCUUUGUCAACUUCAGCACCAGAGAGGAGGCCGAAAGAGCGAUCCAGUGUUUAAAUGGGAAGCUGGCGCUGUCCAAGAAACUGGUUGUGCGCUGGGCGCACGCACAGAGGUUUGAAGGUUUCCGCAAUGACAAGACGAUGCCUCCAAGUCUGGAACCAUCCUGCAGCGGAGCUACAGGCGAUGGGGCUGUAACAACCAACCACCUCAGUACGAGUGCUAAGAUCCGUGCCAUCGAGGCCAAACUCCAGAUGAUGGAGGAGAAUCCAGAUGAUGAGUACACAGGCCCGACGGCCUAUGUUUACAACAAACCGCCAGAGAGGAAACGCUGGGAGCCCUACUCUAAAUCACACCACAAUAACCAAAGCAGGUCCUUCCGCAAGUUUAGGAGAUGACCCCCAUCCUCCCGCUCGCUCUGGAGAUCCCCACCACCACACCUCAGCCUCCACCCACAUGCAAACAGACUUUACAUUAGAUAUAGACUAUACACAGCCUAUUUGGGAAUAAAAGCUUUUUGAAGUUGUUUAAAAUAUUUUCAGAACUCGUUUUUAUAACAAUCACAGCAGUUGUGAUUAAAUAAAGUGUUUUUUUUUUUUUUGAGUUAUUUUUAUUUAAUCAUACAACAGCGGGUCACAUGAUGCAAAGAAAGAAGACAGAACUACUAAAGGAGUCUAAAUGCUGAACUCAAGUAUUGUUUACGAAACAUAUUUACUUUCACAAAAAGUUGUUUAAAUAGUCAUUUCUACGAUUGAAGCACGACAAGCCACUCAGCUACACUCACUGUAAUACUGCAAUAUUUUUGUGUAAAUCUAUUUGCGUAGUUUUGUUUCCUCUUAGGUUCCACUUUUUGUAUGACUGCAGUCAUAAGUCUUUUUGUGUGGUGUGUACACUUUUGUUUUUUUUUUUCUCUCCUGCAGUCCUUAUUUUCAAUUUCCAAUUAGAGUUUAUUAAAUAUGACAUCUACA